ACACCUAACUGCACCAGAGAGAAGAGCGAACGGUGAAAGAUUGGCGGCUGAUUCUUUAUUCUUUCGUAGAAAAUUAUUUAUUAUUAAUUGAGCAACGAGAUCUAUAAUGGAGGAAAUUCUAAAAAAGUUACUACUUCCCGACAAUGAGAAGAUUCAAGAGGGUACGAUUGAGCUUCGAGAAGCUUUCAAGGAACCAGAAAGUACACCAGCAUUGUACCGUAUUGCAAUUUCCUCGCCAAAUCCUGAGAUGAGGCAAUAUGCAGCUGUGCUUCUCAGAAAACGUUAUAGCAAGUGGAAAAAUUGGUUAGCUUUACCUGAGCACAUUCGCAAUGAAUUUAAGGCUGUUAUGUUGCAGGCACUUGUAAACGAACAAGAGAAGUCUGUGAAAAACGCAAUAGUACAAUUAAUUGGUAUUAUCAUAAAACACGAAUUACCGAAAAAUGGAUGGCCUCAAGCUCUUCAAUUUAUUCAACAAUUGAUAACAAGUGACAAUAUGGCUGAAAAAGAAUUGGGUAUGUAUACUUUGUCGAUAAUUACGGAAAUUGCCAGCGAAGCAUAUUUGCCUACUUCACAAGCCAUAAUGACCAUUUUGAGUCAAACUCUGAAUAAUCUUCAAGAUCUUGCAAAUUCAGUUGCGUAUUAUAUUAUAAAAACGAUGCUGAAUUUUGUACCUUACGUAUCACAAAAACAACAUAUGGUGAAUGCCUAUCAUGAAAUGAUGCCAAGAAUGUUGAAUACCAUUGUUGCCUUAUCUGAAUCGCACGAAGAAAAAGCCAUUGAAUGUUACGAAUUAUUUGAGGAACUUUGUGACAAUGCUGUCACUGUUAUAUCGCCACAUUUGAAAAAUGUCAUUGCGAUGAGUUUAACUAUCGCUCAAAAUAAAAGUCUCGGCAGUGAACUCCGUGUCAAGGCAAUUGCAGUUGUUGGCUGCCUUGUAAGAACCAAAAAGAAAGCCAUUGUCAAAAACAAAUUAGUCGAGCCAAUCAUAGAUACUCUCUUCGCUUUGAUUUCUUCUCGACCGGACGACGAGGAAGAGGAAAUUUACUUUAAUGGCGAUGAUGAAGAUAAAUCACCGAUGACUUGCGCUACUCAAACGUUAGAUGCACUUGCCCUUUAUUUACCACCAGAUAAGCUGAUUCCACAUUUGUUAUUGCACAUUGAACCGGGUUUGGAGGGAACGGACAUUUACAAGAAGAAAGCAGCUUACUUGGCAAUGGCAGUUUUGGCUGAGGGUUGCUCGGAAUAUAUUCGUACGUCGUAUCUCGAAACUUUUGUCCGAUGUAUUUGCAGUGGAAUUGUCGAUCCCACGCCAGUUGUUCGUAAUGCCGCACUUUUUGCACUUGGACAAUUCUCUGAAUUUCUUCAACCUGACAUCAGUAAUUAUGCGACGGAAUUGUUGCCAAUUUUUUUCGAGUACCUCGCGCAAAUUUGUAAUUUCAUUAAACAGGAGAAGAAAGAACCGCCUGCAGUCGAUCGAAUGUUUUACGCAUUGGAAAUGUUUUGUGAAAAUUUGAAUGUCAGUCUAUUACCAUAUCUGCCGAAUUUAAUGGAGAGAUUAUUUGAGAGUUUAGAUCAUCAAUCGCCAGUGCACGUGAGGGAACUUGCUUUAAGUGCAAUUGGCGCUGCAGCCAAUGCAAGUAAGGAAAAUAUGGUUCCCUAUUUGGAGAGGAUUCUCGCUAUUUUGAAUCCUUAUUUAAUUGAGAAACAAACGGAGGAGACGAUGUGUUUGCAAAUUCAAGCGGUUGAUACUCUUGGUGUUCUUGUUCGAACAGUGGGGGAAAAUAUCAAGGAUAACUCUUCGACUGCUCUGGCUGUGAAAUCACUCGAAUGCGGAAUGACUUUAUUGAAAGAAUGCAAUGAUCCUGAUUUGAGAAAAUCUGUUUAUGGUUUGGCAGCUUCCGCCAGUAUGGUAAUGAAGAAGGACAUGAAUUUCGCACUCUCUCCAAUUGUCGAUCAGAUAAUUAAUAGCAUAAAGAGUUCUGAGGGCGUUGUGACUCAUUACAAGGAAAAUGAAGAAGCUGCGUUUCCGGUAUACGAACCGUGUUUGCAAAACAGUGACAGUGACGGAGAAGAGGACAUUGAAAAUACAGACAAUGAAGAUGAUGACGACGAUGAGGAUAUUGCCGGUUUCAGUGUGGAAAAUGCCUAUGUGGAAGAAAAAGAAGAAGCUAUCCUUGCUCUUAAGGAGAUCGCACAAAACACAGAAGAAGUAUUUUUGCCUUUCCUCGAAGUCUCCUACAAUGAGGUGUUCAAAGUGAUAAGCUAUCCGCAGGAUGACAUUAGAAAGGCGGCGAUAGAAGCACUUGGACAAUUUGCUAUAAAUUUCUCAAGGAUUAAUACCAUCGAGGGAAAAGAAGCAACACAAAAAGUCCUUUCAGCUCUCAUACCAAAGUUUUCAGAGAUUAUUAGACUAGACUGCGAGCGCUCAGUUGUUAUUAGUGCUUUAGAUGAAUUAACGGAGGUGCUAAAGGAAAUUAAAACCGAUGUUCUCAUAAUCGAAGGUCACAAGGAGGCAAUUAUGAAUUGCAUCACAGAAAUUUUAGCAGGACGAACAUAUUGUCAAGAUCAGGAGGAGGCGGACGAGGAAGAUAUGGAAGCUGAACAGGACGAAUUGCUGAUAGAGUGCGCUGGUGAUUUGUUGACUCAUUUUGGAAGACUUCUUUCUCCUGAAGAAUUUGCCCACUUCUUUCAAACUCUUUUAGCUUUUAUUCUAGAACGACUGAAAAAGAAUAAAACAGAGGCUCAACGUUCCUUCGCCGUUGGAACAAUAUCAGAAUGUUUCUCUGGAUUAAAGCAAGCAGUGGCACCGUUUGUUCAACAAAUUAUGCCUCUACUUCUUGAACUCACAAGUGACUCGAAUGCUGAAGUUCGUAAUAACGCUAUUUAUGGAAUUGGAGAAAUUGCUUAUCAUGGAAAAGACGUGAUUUUCUCAUAUUAUCCAAAUAUUUUACAAACAUUGUCGAAUGGAAUUCAAAAUGAAUCGCACGCUGGAGCAAGGGACAAUGUCGUUGGCGCGAUCGCUCGACUAAUUAGCACAAAUUAUUCAAUUUUACCAUUGGAUCAAGUUUUCCCGGUCUUCAUCAAUCAAUUGCCAUUGAAGGAGGACGUUGAGGAAAAUAAAGCAGUUUUUGAGAGUAUCCUAACGCUCUAUAAAGCAGGUCACGAAAUUCUUAAACCUCACAUUACAACAUUAAUAAAUGUAUCCAGUUCUCUUUUGAGCGACAAAAAAUACAACAACGAUGAAACGAGAAACUUAGUUGUGGAAUUUCUGAAUUCAGUUAGAAGAGACUUUCAAAGCGAAUAUCAAAUGGUACUUGGAGAUCAAACGCCAGAUAUUCUAAUCAAUCAACAAGCAACAUUUUCACCUUAAAAAAAUGCUUAAUGUAAGAUCAGCUAUUUUUUCAUUUGACAACGAUAGUGAAAAUAAUUUAGAUAAUCUACUUUUAUUUUAAGGUAUCUGGAAUUAUCGAGAAAUUCUUGACACUUCAAAUUUAAUAGUAAUAAUGAGACUGCUUUUAUUAUUCUUUUUUUUUAUCAAUUAAAUAUUCUUUAAAUUCUACUUAUAUUUAUAUAAAUAUAUUAUUCAAAGCUGCUAAAUUUUUAUACGAGAAGAAAAAAUUUUUGCUACAAAUUUUUAAAUUUUUUUAAGAAAAAUAAAGUUUUAUAUAACUAUUUUUUUUUAGAAAUAUGUAAGAAUUUAAGAUUCUAUUUUUUAUGUGUAAAUUGUAGUUUUCUUUUUGUGCGAAACAAUUUACGAUAAUUCAAGUGUCUAAAUUAUUUAUUUAUCUAGUUGGACUUUCGUUUUUUUCUGAUUGCUUUCGGAUAUAUUUUGUUUUUUUUUGAAAGUUUAAAAUCUAUGGAAUAGAGAAAAUUAAUAUAAUGAAAAAAAAAUCAAAAUGAAAUAUUUUUCUGUAAAACAUCGAAAAAAUAAUAGUAUGCAUGAAAUGUUUGCUUUUUUAAUUUAGAGACAAUAUACUAGUGCUGAGAUUGUUGCACUGGAUAUUCUAUUUUUUUGUGUGCUCAUUUUUUUUCUAAAUAAUUAUGCAAGAAAAGCGUGAUAUACACUAUCAAUAGGUAUUUUAUAUAAUUCGAAAAAAGUAUAUAUUUAUAUGUACAGUGAAAGAUGUUCUAGCUUUUUGUGAUAUGAUUAUUGACCUCUAAGGAGUUGAAUCACUAUAUUAUAUAAUUCAAUAGUUCCACGAAUAAAAAAUCUUUUUUUAUGAA